GGCAGAGUCCGUGAACGGAGUCAGUCAAUGUGGGACGGAGUUUUGCCUGUUUGUUAGUGGAGAAGGAGGGGAGAGCGAGUCGUUGACUUGACACAGGGCUUGCUUGAAAAUUACUUUCGGAAAGCAAGAAAGCCAAGAAUGGCGUCGGGCGAGACACUGUACAUCGAGGCCGACGGCUCGGAGAUGCCGGCCGAGAUCGUCGAGCUGCACGAAAUCGAAGUUGAGACUAUCGAGACCACAGUGGUCGGCGGAGACGACGACGAGCACCAGCCCAUGAUCGCCCUGCAGCCGCUGGUCACGGACGACCCGAACCACGUUAACCACCAGGAGGUGAUUUUAGUGCAAACUCGUGAAGAGGUGGUGGGCUGCGAUGACUCGGACCUCCAUGCAGACGACAGUUUCGAGGACCAGAUCCUCAUUCCCGUGCCCGUUCCGGUGGCAGAGGAGGAAUAUAUCGAGCAGACUUUAGUGACCGUGUCUGGCAAGAAUCCGUCUGGUAGGAUGAAGAAAGGAGGAGGCAGCGGGAAAAGAGUGGUCAAAAAGAGCUUCCUAAACUCCGCUGAAGCGAGCGGACGCAAAUGGGAGCAGAAACAAGUGCAGAUCAAAACACUGGAGGGGGAGUUUUCCGUCACUAUGUGGGCAUCGGAUGAUAAGAAAGAUGUUGAUCAUGAGACAGUGGUGGAGGAGCAGAUCAUUGGAGAAAACUCUCCUCCAGAUUAUUCAGAAUACAUGACAGGCAAGAAACUGCCACCUGGUGGCAUACCCGGCAUUGACCUGUCAGACCCCAAACAGCUGGCAGAGUUUGCCAGAAUGAAGCCUAGGAAAAUAAAAGAAGAUGAUUCUCCAAGGACGAUAGCUUGCCCACACAAAGGUUGCACAAAAAUGUUUCGGGAUAACUCCGCUAUGAGAAAGCACUUGCACACCCACGGGCCGCGGGUUCACGUCUGCGCUGAAUGUGGGAAGGCGUUUGUGGAAAGUUCCAAGCUAAAACGGCAUCAGUUGGUUCAUACUGGUGAAAAACCUUUCCAGUGCACAUUUGAGGGAUGUGGAAAGCGCUUCUCAUUGGACUUUAACUUGCGCACACAUGUGCGGAUUCACACUGGAGACAGACCGUACGUUUGCCCAUUCGAUGGCUGUAACAAGAAAUUUGCUCAGUCCACCAACCUGAAGUCUCACAUUUUGACACACGCGAAAGCUAAGAACAAUCAGUGAGAUCCCUCGCUGAAGAAAGCUCCAAAAGACUCUGGUCUGACAACAGCUUCCUGCUCCAAAACCCUCUUUGUAUGUCGUUUCUAGAACCGUUCUUUUCUAAGAGAAUCUCAGCACACAUUUUGAUGGGAAUUGAAAUGUGAACGAGGAACUGACACCAAACUUACCCCGUCAAGCAUCUCGUGGUAUAGACCUGAAUUAAAUAACUUCCCGGUUAUGAGAGUUUCUUCUUUUGAAGAUGUGAUUGUUUUCGUGGACCUUCAUUCACUUAACAAGACGCUCAUUAUCCUGAGCCCAAAGAAGCUAAAUUGUCCAUCCGUGUGUCUGUUUCUGUCAGUUUGCAAAGACUGCUUUUUAGAUGUCUUCAAAGUGUGCAUAUUGUACACUUUUUAGAGCAUAGAGCUGUCGUGUGUGUGUGUGCGCGCGUGUGUGGGUGUGUGUGUGUGAGAGAGUCGUCCCUGAGACUUAAAACCUGUGAAUGCUUUUCUUCAAGGAGAAUGAGAUGUCGUUCAGCUUUUCUUUUUCUUUUUCUUUUCAAUGUAAAUACUGCUUUUCUUUGUGAGAGGUAUCCUGCGCAGGUAUCUUGUUUUGUAUACCUGUCCUGUACAAAUGUUUUGAAAUCAUGUAGAUAGAGAUGUUGAUUAGAUUGUGUUUAACCAAUUAAACAGUUUUAUCCAGCUUCAGGAAGUACUGCUACAUACACAUGCCUUCUUUUGUAACACAUUAAUGAUCUUACUCAGUUUGUGGAAAGACACUCUUAUUUUGUUCUCCCCCUUCAAAUUCUCUAAUUUAUUUAAUGACAUGGAAUAAAGCUAAACUCCUCUGUGCAGUUGCUAAAAGCCUCA